UUUAUUAUACUAUAUGUUCACAUUUUGAUUUCUGCCGCUGCCUACCCUCAUGGAGUAAGGGUUAUAGAUACUUUCUAAAUGAGAUCUUGAUCUAUUUUAUGCAAAAAAUUUGUGGCCUGAAAUUGAACAUGGUCCCCCUUCAGUUAUUGCAAAUUGUGUGUGCUAUAUAAUAAUUAAUGAACUUUCUGCACUAGUCAUCUUUCUGGGUUUUCCAUUUUUUGACACUCAUUGUGAUAAAUGCUUCUAAUGUCUUCACCUCACCUCUUAUCCCGAUAAUCAAAAUUGGUUUCCUUUUACGAUUUUUGCCUAUUACUCUCUGAGAAUCAAGCCACUUAUUUUGUCAAUACCUUUGCAGGUAGAAACUUGUUGUUUUGAGCCCCUGGAGAAACAGAGAGGUUCUGCAAGCACUUCUCUGGUGGUGGAAAAAGCACUAUUCUGGGGAGUAGGUAUUGUUAGUGGUUACAAACAGACUUUAGGAUUUGAGAACUAGCGCAUACCGAGCUCGCUAAGGUUAGUUACUGCUAUCAUUUCUCCCUGUCACAGCAUCUUCAUUUGAUUGAUAUUUGAAGGAAUUUGAAAGCAUGAAAGAAUUUGAGAAGAGAAAAGCUUCAAGGAAUAGUCAGACAAAGGGUUCAAGAAGAACCGAAAGGAGAGAGAAUAAAUUGCAUCAAGAUAAUUCUUCCAAAACAUUGAAUGAAAAAGGAACUGAAUCUAAGACACCCCAGGAUAGUAGACCAACUGCAAAUAAUUUUAUAAGUGAUUCAAACGCGGCCUCAGAGAAUUCAGAAACUUAUGAAAAUGUGAUUAUACAUUAUGUGGAUGAUGUCAACAGGUCGGAGGAGGCACUUGCCGAGAUGAAAGUUAAUGAAACAGUUGCUAAUGAAAACAAAAAUGAAGUGGCUGAUGAUCGUUCCAGUGAUUUGGAGAAAGAGCAAAAGGAAGGGAAUGAAGAAGUCUCGGAUACUGAGACAGUAAAGGAUUCAGUAUCUUCCCAAGGUGAUUCUUUCACCAAUGAGGAUGAAAGAACAGAAAAAGCUUUAAAAGAUCCUAAAAGCAAGGUUAAAGUGAAUCCUUCAGAAAGCAAUCGUGGAUCAAAGGAGAGAUCUGAUAGAAAAACAAAUAAAUUUCAAUCAAAGGUAUCAAAUAGCAAUCAAAAGAAACCUAUGAACUCAAAUAAAGGGCACUCCAAAGUUACAAACAAAAAUACUUCCUCAGCUAAUUCCAAGACCGUGAAAGUUCCUGUAAAUGUAUCAUCGGAAUCUCCUGAAGGUGUUGAUGAAAAACCUGUUCAAGAGGUCAAGGAACUUGUUAAUGAUGAAUCCUCCAAUGGUGCUCAGAGUGUAGGAAGUGAAGAUGAAAGUCGUGAAACAGUUAAUGAUGAAGAAAAUGAUGAGCACGAGGAUAAUGCAGCUGCGGAAUUAAAAAUUGAAGAAAUGGAAUUACGAAUUGAAAAGCUUGAAGAGGAGCUUAGAGAAGUUGCUGCUCUUGAAGUGUCACUUUAUUCUAUUGCACCAGAGCAUGGCAGCUCAACACACAAGGUGCACACACCUGCUCGGCGCCUUUCUAGGCUCUAUAUACAUGCCUGUAAGCAUUGGACCCAGAAAAGGCGAGCCACGAUUGCCAAGAAUACUGUUUCUGGUCUUGUUUUGGUUGCCAAGUCUUGUGGUAAUGAUGUUUCAAGGUUAACUUUCUGGUUCUCAAAUACCAUUGUGCUGAGAGAGAUAAUUUCACAAGCUUUUGGGAAUUCCUGUCAAGCUAGUCCCCUUAAAAGGUUGGUCGAGUCAAAUGCCGCUGGCAAGAGAAAUGAUGGGAAGUCUAUGGCACUGAAAUGGAAAGGUAGCUCCAAUGGUAAACCAGGAAAUGGUUUUAUGCCUCUGGUUGAAGAUUGGCAAGAGACAGGAACCUUUACAUUUGCUUUGGAAAGAGUAGAAUCGUGGAUCUUUUCUCGGAUAGUGGAGUCAGUGUGGUGGCAGGCUUUGACACCCUACAUGCAUUCUCCAGUUGGGGACUCUUCAAAUAAACCCAUUGGGAAGCUGAUGGGACCUGCUCUUGGUGAUCACAAUCAAGGGAACUUUUCCAUCAAUCUGUGGAGAAAUGCUUUCCAAGAUGCUUUUCAACGACUCUGUCCUGUUCGAGCAGGAGGGCACGAAUGUGGUUGUUUGCCUGUAUUGGCCAGAAUGGUCAUGGAACAAUGCAUAGCUAGACUAGAUGUUGCCAUGUUCAAUGCUCUUCUUCGGGAGUCGGCCCUUGAGAUCCCGACUGAUCCUAUAUCAGACCCUAUUGUGAAUUCGAAGGUUUUGCCAAUUCCAGCAGGAGAUUUAAGCUUUGGGUCUGGUGCACAGCUAAAAAAUUCUGUUGGCAAUUGGUCUAGAUGGCUUACUGACAUGUUUGGCAUGGAUGCUGAAGAUUGUCUGCAAGAAGAUCAGGAGAACAGUGAGAAUGAUGAAAAGCAAGGUGGAGACGGUGAACCUAAAUCUUUUGUUCUCCUUAAUGACUUGAGUGACCUUCUGAUGCUACCUAAAGACAUGCUUAUAGAUAGAAAUAUCAGACAGGAGGUGUGUCCAACCAUCAUUCUUUCAUUGAUUAUACGGGUUCUCUGUAACUUCACUCCGGAUGAGUUCUGUCCAGAUCCUGUUCCAGGAACUGUCUUGGAGGCCCUGAAUGCGGAGACUAUUAUAGAGCGAAGAUUGUCAGCAGAAUCUGCAAGAAGCUUUCCCUAUGUGGCUGCACCUGUUGUGUAUAUGGCUCCCUCUUCUGCUAAUGUGGCAGAGAAAGUUGCAGAGACUGAAGGAAAGUCUCACUUGGCAAGAAAUGUAUCAGCUGUUCAGAGUAGAGGAUAUACAAGUGAUGAAGAGCUAGAGGAACUUGAUUCCCCUCUUACAUCCAUCAUUGAUAAGCUUCCUUCAUCUCCAACAGUCACUGAAAAUGGAAAAGGUAAUAAUCACAAAGAGCAAGGGGGCCACCCCACCACAAAUGCUAGAUACCAACUCCUACGUGAAGUUUGGUCCAUGUGAACCUUGUCAGUUCCACAUGUGUACACCUACCAAGGGAAAAAUGGAUACGUUAGAGAUUUGGCUUCAAAGAAUUGUGAAUUGAGAAAAUUAAAAAGAAAUGGAAUAGAAAGAUUUUAGAUACUGUAAGAAUCUUCACCAAUAUCAGAGCUUAAGCCUGCAGUUUUAUUUUUUGUAUAUAAAAAUAAGUCAUUAUAGUGUAGUAUUUGAAAAUUUGUUCUGUUCAAUGUUUACAUCUUAGUGUCUGCUUUAUAUUUAGCAUGCAAGAUAUAUUUGCAAUAGAAAAUUUAGCAUUUAUUUGUUGUUAUAUACAAAAUCUUUUAUAAUUUACAAAGCUUACGUAUUA